AGGUAAGGGGAAAAAGGCAAGCUGUUGCGGAUGUGUUGUGUUACAAAAACACAGAAGAAAACUGCUUUGGGCUAUUUCAACAUAUAGUCAUCUCUGACCUAACACAACUACAGCAGUGUCAGAAACACAGCUUAGGGAAAUCAGUUGGAUCCAAAGCACUGCUCUUUUGGAACAGGCAAUGGAGGAACAUACUUCAACCCCAGAAUGGUUUUCUACAGUGGAGGAUUAUGAAUAUGAACUAGAUGAAUUGUGUGAACUAAAAAACAUGCAUGAACAUUUGGUGACAUACCACAUUUACUCUUUUAUUUGUGCAUUGGGACUACUGGGCAAUGUUCUGGUUCUUGUCACAUAUGCAUUUUAUAAAAAAGCCAAGACCAUGACAGAUAUCUAUCUAGUAAACGUGGCUAUAGCAGAUCUCAUGUUUGUUCUUGCCUUGCCUCUGAUCAUAUAUAACGAGCAGUAUAACUGGAGCAUGGGUACCUGGGCUUGUAAGGUACUACAAGGAAGCUACAGCAUUAACUUGUACAGCAGUUUGCUCCUGCUGGCCUGCAUCAGCGGAGACCGCUACGUGGCCAUCGUUAAAGCCAGGCGUUCAUUCGGAAUUCGCUCCAGAGCCCAGACGUAUAGCCGCCUCAUCUGUACAAUAAUAUGGCUAUUUGCUAUCAUAUUAUCGGUGCCAACAUUCAUGUACUCCAGACUAGGUGAAGACAUGAAUAAUGAUAAGAUAGAGACUGAGUGUAUAUUGGAUUUUGAGACAAAUGGCACAGCGCAACUGAUGAAAAUUGUCCUGCCGAGCAUGCAGGUCUCUAUGGGCUUCUUUGUACCUCUACUGGUGAUGUGCUUCUGCUACUGCAGUGUCAUUUACACUCUACUCAGAGCAAAAAAUUACCAGAGGAACAAGGCUCUGCGUGUGGUUCUGGCUGUUGUUCUGGUGUUUAUUCUCUGCAAUUUGCCCUAUAACAUCAUGCUCCUGAUCCACACCAUUCGACUGUUCAAAGAGAGAGACUGCACUGCAGAACAAAAAAUCCACCUGGCUUUGUCUGUGACCAGAAGCUUAGCGUAUCUCCACUGCUGCCUCAAUCCCAUCCUUUAUGCCUUCAUUGGAAUUAAGUUCAGGAACCAUUUCUGCAAGAUCAUUGAGGAUUUGUGGUGCUUAGGAAAGAAGUACUUCUCCUCCAGACCGUCAUCUCGGCAAACUUCAGAACUGUACAUAUCUGCACACAAGUCUUUCGCAGACGCAAAAGAAAAUCCUGAAAAUCCCUCCUCAUUUACAAUGUGACAUGCCUCAUUUUAUUAUUUGAGCAAAUAAACCUGCAUUAUUGCUUUGACUUGGUGAGUAUAAAGAAGUCAUACUGACAUGUUAAGAUCAUCUGGAAUUCAAUCCUUUGAGUCAAAGUGAUUUUAAUACAUGUAUAUAAUCAUAUCCAUUUAAUGCUGGAGUUCAGUGAAACACAGGACUGAACCAAAAUGGACACUGGAUUCCUGGUCUACGAAUAUGAUCUCUUUUGAAUGAGUUUUUAAAAGUGUGCUUAUUUUGUUACAGUAAUCCUAUUCUGUUGCAGUUUACAGUUUAGGGUUGUUUUUUCUGUUAAAAGCCUCCCCCCACAUUCGAACACUUCAUGUCUCAGUACUGUGUAGCCAAUCUACAAAGAAGAAGACAUCAUACUGAAACAAUACAGUUUUUGUACAUAGUGUGUGUGUGUGUGUGUGUGUGUGUAUACUGUACAUAUGUGGUCACAUUGGGAAAACCCUUCAAAAGUUAAAAUGGUUUUAAACAGAAGUAGGGCUUAAAGUUUGCUCAGACCAAAUUCUUAAAAAAAAAUAAUAAUAAUAAUAAAAUGAAUUUUAAUUAUUUCAUUUUGACUGUAGCACAUGAGCUUGUCAAUAGCUGAUUACAGAAAGAUUAGAUUAUAGUUUAUCUUGUAUAAUGUAUUAUGUAUAUUUAUUUCUAUAACCAUUUGAAAAAAGGGUUUUAAACAUCUUUAGAUGGACCAUUUUUUCCCCACAUUAUACAUUCUGGCUCCUUACCCAACAUGAUAUCUGCCUAAAGAGAUCUCUUUUAGGGUAAAAAGACGAAGUAAAAACAUGCUGCUUUUUGACAUAUUAUGUUUUUUUUUUUAGACCACUCCAUAUAUUAUUUUAAACAAGCCUAGUUUUUGCUGUAGCACUAUUCAGUAGUCUGGCCUUACAAUAGUAUGUGUGUAUAAUUUUACAACUGUUUUUUCCAAUAAAACUGAUCUGCAGUGUCA